ACGCUACCCCCGCCCGCGCGGCCCAACCUUUCCCGCUCACCCUCACCCCUCCCUCCACGGCUCCACCUCCCGCUUUAUAUAGCCAGCUCUCUCCGCUUCCCGGAUCACCGCUCUCCCAUCCACGCAUCGCCACCACGCCAUAUCGGCAUACCUGCAGCACAUCGCCUCGCCUUCCCCCAAGACGCAGACGCGCCAAGACCGGACGAACGCCUCCGUCCCGGCCAGCAUGGGCUUCCCGGUGGGCUACUCGGAGCUGGUUCUCCCGAAGCAGAUGCUCCACCUCCUCCUCCUGCUCGGCUACUUCCGCCGCUUCCUCCUCUGGGCGUUCCACGCCGUCGGCCUCGGCGACCUGCUGGAUCUCGGGGACGACCACCAGGCGCUGCUGCAGGACCACCACGCGCUGGGGGACCCGCCGCAGGGGGCGCCGCAGCUGCUGCAGCUCAGCCGACCAGAGUUCCGGCUGGUGCCGGCGAUGGUCAUCGAGGAGGUGCUCCCAGUGGUGCGGUUCGACGAGCUGGUGGCCGCAUCCCCCGCGGCGUGCGUCAGUGGGGACUGCGCGGUGUGCCUCAGCGGCAUCGGCGGCGGCGACGAGGUGCGGAGGCUCAGCAACUGCCGCCACGUCUUCCACCGGGGCUGCCUAGACCGCUGGAUGGAGCACGACCAGCGCACCUGCCCGCUCUGCCGCGCGCCGCUCAUCCCUGACGAGAUGGCCAGCGGGCUCUGGGCCGCCGCCGCCGGCGUGCCCGACGCCUCCGACUUCGACUUCUCCUACUUCGGCGCGCCCCUCACGCCGGUGCCCUUGCCGACGUUGCUGCGGCCGCACGAGCUGCUGCUCAGCGGCUUGGGCGGCUACCAGUGAACUGAACACCCGCCGAUUCGCGCAAUUGGCCAUGACCCAGCGACACUGCAGCAGGCACUGGCCUCGCGGAAUGCGCGGUUUCAAACGACUGAAUUGGUCGUCGCUCGCUUCCGGGGAAGGAAGGGGACACCGGCGGCAAAGAACAGGAGGCUUUGCCUCGAAUUGUGCAUAGGCAAAUUGAGUAAAGCGACCCCCCAAAAAAAGGCUAGGAGAUUAGAUGCUUCUUGUGCAUAGGUAGAUUCCGUCUUCCAAGUUUGUGGAGUUGUGAAUCUUUCUGCGGAUUAAAUUUGUUGAGUUAGGCGCGUUCUAAUGCAGAAUUUGGGCACUUUUCUCCCCUAUGUUGCUUCAGGUCAUCCAGGUCAUCCAUCUGCUUUAGCCUUUUCUUCUUCUUCUUCUCUCCACCGCCAACUGCCAAUUUAUCUCCCUGCGUGGAUCCCUUCCCUUUCAUUUCACUUUGAAGGAUGCUAACUGGGCCAAGCAUGCGAGGUUUUUCACCUGUAACAGGAAAAAAAGGGUGUUCCUGGCGCCUGAAAUCGGCGAUUUUCUC